AUGAGUGUAGCCUUUAGUUUAAAAUCAAAGAAAGAAAGUAACCGGCGGAAGCUCAUGUUUCGAACCGAAGCAAUGGAAGCUGCGUCAUCUCUGGAAUUAGACGACAUAAAUUUCGCAAAAGCUGUGGAACUGUACAAGCUUGACAGCCUUGAAUGCAAAUUACAUGAUCCUGGGAACUCCAAACCCAUGAAUUGCCGAGAUAAUCCUUAUUGUAUAAAUCGUCUCGGAUUAGAUAAAUUUAUGAAAUUAUUGAAAGAAGAACAACAAAGGAAUGAUAAAGUUUUAAAGGGACAAAAACGAAGAGAUACUGUUGAUAUGCCAUGCGGUUUAGUCAAUACGGGUAAUUAUUGUUAUGUAAAUAGCUUUCUACAGGUCUGGUUUAAUGAUCCAGGUUUUCGGCAGAUUAUUUUUGACUGGAGAAACUCGAGUUCAUAUGAACGGCCCGAACCCCCAUAUAUGGAUGUAGAAAGUGUUAUGAGCAGCUUACAACGUUUAUUUUUUAUUAUGCAAACGACACCAUAUUUUUCAACGGAUGAAAAUAGUGCCUUCAUCAACAGUUUGAGAUUAGAUAAUGAACAACAAGAUGCUCAAGAAUUCACUCUGGUCAUGUUUGAUGCACUCGAUCGCAACCUCCUGAAGCAUCCGAAUGGAGAAGGAGUACGUCAAGCUAUCAAAGAUCGAUUUACGGGUCUCAUAAGACAAAGGUUGUUUUGCACUUGUCCUCAUAAAGACAGUUACAGUGAGACUCCUUUUAACUCUAUCCAACUUACUAUAGGAGAAAGUAAGACACUAACGGAAGCUCUAACUCAAUAUCUGAGCGCGGAAGUGCUAGAGGAUUACCGCUGUGAUUUUUGUCAGAAGGCAGGAACUGUUAAACGGCAAGCUUCUAUCGAAAAAUUACCAGAAGUUUUGAUGAUACAACUUACACGUUAUGUUUAUGAUGCAACCGGCAGAAAGAAACUCAAAACUCCUAUAUCAUAUCCUAAGGAAUUGAGUUCAUCAAUACUUGUGAGCAAAGGGGAAGAGUUCAAAUAUGAGUUGUUUGCUGUUAUGAUACAUGAGGGUAAUAACGCUCAUUAUGGUCACUACUAUGAUCUUGUUAAAAACCCUACAAACGGGAAUUGGUAUAGAUAUAAUGACGAGAAAGUUGAGAAAAUAAAAUCUCCAGGGAGUUGCGCGCCUCCACCUCAAAGACCAACAGUUGACAUGAAAGCGUGUUAUGGGUUGCUUUAUCGAAAAAAGAGAGAUUACGAUGACUUUAUACUUCCUCCAAAAGAAAUCAGUUGCUCUUGGGAGUCGAAGAUGGAAAAUCUGUACACUGGUCAAACACUGAAUGCAGUCGAAAAGUCAGAGUUCCGAUUGACUGAAGUGAAGGAAAGAUUCGCUCCAUUAGAACAGCUUUUCAACUCUCUGAAGGCUCACUCGGGAAAGUUCAAAAAACCAAGAGAUAUAGUUUUCAUUCCAUUGUCUUUACUGUCGGAUGUUCUCGCGAAAGAGUAUGAUAGAAUCGAAGCUCUAGCGGAUUCUAUAAAUGAGAUGAAACCAAUAGAGGGUGUGAAUGAGGCUACUAGAAGACGAUUGCUGAGAAAGUCGCUGCUGACAAUUCCGAACGAACAAGUUGCCGAACAACUCGAAAAACAUACGCUUUCAUUAUGUGUACAUGGGCGAAUUGACAUCGAUUCUGUGCUCUAUGGCGAAGUAAAAGCCGUGUCACGGUUAGCUGCCGAAACUCUUCUGACUAGGUAUGCUAUUUCCGUCACAAAACAAAAUGCUGAAGGAACGAUGGAGAAAACCAAACUUCCGAAUGGUUGUGAAAUCUGUGUGGAAUGCUGCAAGCAGUUGAAGCGAGAAGGACAUUUUAACAAACAACUUGGUGAUGGUAUCAAAUUGGCAAAUAAGAUAAUCAGGGAAAAAUGGAGAUGCUCAUUGUCCAAGACACCUAAACCAGAGGGAUUUCUGUAUGUAUCGAAGAAAUGUUUGCAACACUAUCGCAGACUAGCUACCCAGGAAAUGGAGUUUCAGCAAUCAUAUAAGGAAAACAAGACUUUAAUUAUCUUCAGUGCGCAUAAACUUCUUAACGCUGAAAAUUCCAGUUUUGAUAAAGUUUCCAAACUAGAAUCGAGAUCUAGGAAGAGGCCGAUCGAUUCAGUAUUCGAAGCAUCAGGAAAAUAUAGAGUAAUACACACUGAAAACGAGAUCACUAUUGAUGGUAACGAAGAUAAGACUGUAUCAGAGCAAACAGAGAAUAAUGAUAUUAGUGAUGCUAUUAGUUCAGAGAUAAUAGAUACUGAAAGCUUGGGAGAAGACUCUGAAACCAAAAGUCGUUCACCAUCAUCGAGUGAUAAAGAUUUUAAAUCUGGGCCUAUCGAACAUCCUAUUGUUUUCAAUGAUUUGCUGAAAUGCCCACAUGAUGGGAUAAAUGUUAGCGAGUUCAGAAUGGCCGUUUCUCCGCAGGAGUUCAACGACUUGGUUUCCCUUUUUUCUAGCUCAGUUCAAGUGUCGUGUACCGAUGAGAUUUGCCAAGAAUGCCUCAAGUUGGAAGCAGAAGCCCAGUGCGAAAAAGAAAAGUGUGACUCUCAAACAAGGCAAUACUGCAGUAAAUUCAGUGAGAUUUUGAGAAAAAUAGAGAGAAGAAAACCAAAUGGAACUGACGAAAUAUGUUGCCGAGGGGUUUGCUCAUUGUUUUUACAGAAACUCAAAUCUACGUGUAGGAGACCUAAAGAUGCUGGUUUGGGAUUGAUUUGUCAGGAACAUUUAUUAUGUAAACAUGGUCUACCAUAUAAAAAGAUAGCUGAGUUUUCUGGAGAGAAACAAGAUUUAACAAUAGUACCAGUCACAUUAGAAGAAUGGCAGAGUUUUGUCGAAGCUUGGAAAGAGUUAUGGCCAAACUCAUCACCGCAGGAGAUUGUGUUGAACGAUGGUGGUGUGAAAGAGUUCUGUGUGGAAUGCGCAAAUGAAGAAGAUGAAUCUCAAGAAAAGUUACUGUACGAAUACUCUGAUAUGCCGAUCUAUAUAAAACUUCAAAACGAUGGUGACGAGUCUGAAGAGAGCACUGAACUGAAAAUUUCAAGACGUGUGCGGGCGAAAAACUUUCUGAAAGUAAAGAUGUCUGGAAAAGAUGAAGUUUUAACUUUAAAAGUUAAACUGUACAAGGAAACUGGUCAGUCUCCAAAUGAUCAACUCUUAUACUCCGCAGUUGGUGGUUGUCUCUUAGACGAUAGUACCACAUUACAAGAUGCUAAAAUCUUACCCAACAACUAUAACAAUCCGCUUGUUCUCAUAACACAAUCAUAUCAAAAUGUUUCAAGUACGGAGUCUGAAACUCAUGGUCCGGAACGGGGAUUCUUAGAUACGGCUCUGGCACAUUAA